CCCGGAAGAGCUAGCCAUUCAUUCACUACACUUCGCGUACACUGACAGUGACAGUUGGUUGGACCUGUCAGUUUCCCCCCUCCUCCCUUCCCAUCAUGGCUGCAGACUCUAUGGAGAUCGAUGACUCACUCUACAGCCGUCAGCGCUAUGUGCUGGGGGACAGUGCCAUGCAGCAGAUGGCCCAGUCCUCAGUAUUCAUCAGUGGACUGGGAGGUCUAGGAGUGGAGAUAGCUAAGAACAUAGUCUUGGCAGGUGUGAAGGCUGUGACCCUCCAUGACUCCAGGCAGUGUGAGACCUGGGACCUCGGCUCCAACUUCUUCAUCCACCAAGAUGAUGUGGUAAACCAGAGGAGAAGGGUGGAGGCGGUGCACCCCAGGGUGGCAGAACUGAAUCCCUACGUUCACGUGGAGACAUCCUCCUGCCCCCUGGACGACGCCACGGACCUCAACUUCCUCAAGAGGUACCAGUGUGUCAUUCUAACAGAGGCCAGACUGACCUUGCAGAAGAAGGUGGACCAGUUCUGCCACUACCAGCGGCCCCCGAUCAGGUUCAUUGGCUGCGACACGUACGGGAUCUGCGUCCGGGUGUUCUGUGACUUUGGGGAGGAGUUUGAGGUGACGGACCCCACGGGGGAGGAGCCUAAGGAGAUAUUCAUCCAACACAUCACUCAGGACAACCCGGGGGUGGUGACCUGUAUGGAUAGCCGGACCCACGGGCUCCAGACGGGCCAGAGCGUUCUGUUCAGGGAGGUCAACGGCAUGGAGGAGCUCAACAGCCGCUCACGCCAGGUCACAGUCCUCUCCCCUCAUAGUUUUGCCGUAGGAGACACAUCUCACAUGCAGCAAUACACCCAUGGUGGAUUCUUCCUCUUGGAGAAGACGCCUACAACAUACAGAUUUGAGACGAUGGAGAGACAGCUUUGCGAACCCCAGGUUCUGACCCCAGAUUUCAGCAAACCAGAGGCUCCACUUCAGAUCCAUGCCGCCAUGUUGGCUUUGGACAACUUCCAGGAGCAGCAUGGUCGACUUCCCAGCAUCGGGUGCUUACAGGAUGCUGAGGUUUUGGUGACGCUCACAGAGGAAGUCAACAAUACGCUCCGAAACAAAGCCCCAGUCAAUGCUGAGCUGGUUCGCUGCCUCUCUAGGACGGCGAGGGGCGCUCUCCCCCCUCUGGCCGCGGCAGCCGGAGGCCUGGCCAGUCAGGAGGUUCUCAAAGCCCUCACGGGGAAGUUCGCCCCCCUGCAGCAGUGGUUCUACCUAGAUGCCAUAGAGGUAGUGAGGCAGCUGCAGCAUUUACCUGCUGAGGAGUUUUCUCCCAGGGGGGACCGCUACGACGGGCUGCGCGCCUGCAUAGGACAGUCCAUGUCCCUGGAGCUUCACAAGCUGAGAGUCUUCAUGGUGGGUUGUGGAGCCAUCGGCUGUGAGAUGCUGAAGAACUUUGCCCUGCUGGGGGUUGGAUUGACCAAGAGUUGUGGAGAGGUGUGCAUCACAGACCCCGACCUGAUCGAGAAGUCUAACCUCAACAGACAGUUCCUCUUCAGACCACGCCACAUACAGAAACCUAAGAGCACCAUGGCAGCGGCCGCCACUCAGGACAUCAACCCUGAGCUGCAAAUCGACGCCCACCUCAACAAGGUGUGCCCCGCCAGCGAGAACAUGUACAACGAUGCCUUCUUCUCCCGCCUCCACCUGGUCGUCACGGCACUCGACAACGUGGAGGCCCGCCGAUACGUCGACAGCCGCAGCGUAUCCAAUCAGAAACCUCUCCUGGACUCUGGGACCAUGGGAACCAAAGGCCACACAGAGAUCAUUGUGCCAAACCUGACCGAGUCCUACAACAGCCAUAGGGACCCUCCUGAAGAGGAGAUCCCGUUCUGCACUCUCAAGUCUUUCCCUGCUGUCAUAGAACACACCAUCCAGUGGGCCAGAGACAAGUUUGAGAGUACAUUUGCCCACAAGCCCUCCAUCUAUAAUGUUUUCUGGCAGACUCACUGUUCACCAGAGGCAGUGAUACAGAGGAUGCAGGCCAGAGAGAGCAUGGAGGGGGCAUUCCAAGUGAUCAAGCUGCUAAGCAGACGUCCCAGCCAAUGGGAGCACUGCGUCACUCUGGCCCGCCUCAAGUUUGACAAGUACUUCAAGAGAAAGGCGCUACAACUGCUGCACUCCUUCCCUCUGGACACACGGUUAAAGGAUGGCAGUUUGUUCUGGCAGUCCCCUAAGAGACCCCCGUCGCCCAUCCAGUUUGACUUGAACGACCCAUUGCACUUCAGUUUUGUCGUCAGCGGCGCUCGACUCUUUGCCGGGAUCUACAACAUCUCCUACUUGGAAAAGGAUCUCUCCCAGGAGGCUGUGGCCAGGAUCCUAUCCCACAUCAAUAUUCCAGAAUACAGACCUGCAGAGAAGCGCAUUGAGACAGACGAGACGGCUAAGAAGCCCGAUCAGCUGAAGCUGUCUCUGAGCAGCGAGGAGGAGAGGGCGGCCAUCGCUCAGCUGGAGGAGGUCAUCGCUGCUGACAACGUCACACCAGAGAGGUUACAGAUGACCCCCCUGCAGUUUGAGAAGGAUGACGACAGUAACGGGCACAUGGACUUUGUGGCGGCGGCGUCCGGCCUGCGUGCCAGGAUGUACGCCAUCGAGGCUGCCGACCGCCUCAAGACCAAGCGCAUCGCCGGCAAGAUUAUCCCCGCCAUCGCUACGGCAACGGCAGCCGUCGCCGGGCUGGUGGCUCUAGAGCUCAUUAAGGUGGUUGGAGGAUACGGGUUUGAGUCGUUCAAAAACUGCUUCUUUAACCUGGCCAUACCUGUGGUGGUCUUCACUGAGGCUGCCCCUGUCAAGAGGACUCAGAUCAGGGAGGACAUCUCCUUCUCCAUCUGGGACCGCUGGAUGGUGUGUGGACAUGAAGACUUCACCCUCUCUGACUUCAUUCAUGCCGUCAAGGAGAAAUAUGGCUUGGAGCCCACCAUGGUUGUCCAUGGCGUGAAGAUGCUGUAUGUACCUGUGAUGCCGGGACACAACAAGAGGCUCAAACUCACGAUGCACAAGCUGAUCAAGCCGGCGGCGGAGCGCCGCUACGUGGACCUGACCGUGUCCUUCGCCCCCGACACGGACGGAGACGAGGACCUCCCCGGCCCGCCGGUCCGAUACUGCUUCAGCCAGUGUGGGGAGGCAAACAAGCCUUGACCUCCCCCCCUUCUUACCCCCUCGUAACAGCUCUACCUUCAGAAGUCCUAUCCUCCUUCCCCCAGUACCAACCUCCUGAUCCUGUCUGAUAUAACCCCUCCUCUCUCCUGCGGACCACUAGGCCAUGCGAGUAGCACUUGACUGUGUACAUAGUUUCUCUCUUUCAGUUUGUGCCGAUGCCUUAAUUAACGAGCUUCUGGUGUUUGUGAUGACAAUUCUGCAAGUUACAUGGAAGAAGAAAAAAAACUUGUUUACAGACGCACAUAUAAACACACACACCACUCCGGGUUUUCUAUUUUUUUGUUUUCUGGAAGCUAGACAAGUAGAGAAAGGAGAAGAGAAGUAAAAAGAGAGAAAUGUUAAUUGAUGUGAUUGAGAAUUCCAGCAUUGGAAAAUCCUUUGGAACUGGAUUGUAAUGUCCAAUCAUGUCAUCCAAUCAAAGCAGCCUUUCUUGAUCAUCACUAUGCUCCUGUUGGUUGUAAUGGAUGAAUGUUUGAAUGCUGCAUGGUAUUCGCUUGUCUUAGAAAGGAUGCCGUGUUGUCAUCUCCCCUCAAGAAACGGGUCGAUUCAGUGUUGCUCAUUUCACGAUGAACCAGUGGAACAGACUGAGGCGCUAGAAAGGUCCAGAACCACCAAAGAUUCUUUCUUGUGUUUUGUUGAACAUGACUCUGAUGAGUCCUUGUGGUCUACUGCCUCUGAAACCUUUAAGCAUAUCUUUUGUCUCAGAAUUCAACCCACACACGUGAAAGUUUAAACACUGUAUGUAUGACUACCAGCAAGAACUAUUGUAAAGUAAAGAAGGGAGACCAAACUGGCUGAAUGACCAGGGUGUUGUCUGUGUGAGGUAAUUGGACAUUAAACAGAAGCCACCAUAUGUCAGUCCUUGUCAUCAUUACACUCCAGUAUGUUUUAAUCCAUCAUCAAUUCUUUGUUUUGUAGUCUUCAGUUGUGUAUCAAUGAGUGUCAAUGGAGAGGGGUGUAUUUAUUUGUUCCAUACUUUUUAAAAUUGUUUCUCUUAGUGAGUUUUUGUUGUUAUUGUCAAACUCUCCAGCAGGUUAUUAAUAACUAACCUCAGUGCAUCUCAGCAGCAUGAGAGUCUUUGUUUCUACUCCCUUAUUUCAAGGACAGGGCCUGUGUUCCAGAAUGCUUCGGAAAGGAGGCAUUUUCAUUUUAUUUUAAAGGGGCAUACAGAAAGCAAUCGUGCGCCCCAACAGUUAUGACCCAAGUCAGGCACUGUGGGUCUGUAAGAAGCUUAGCUUGUAGCCAGGACAUGUAACUGGCAGAUGAACAGUGUUGCAAGAGCAAACUAAAACAGUCAUCAGCUUUGUUCCUCCUUGCCUGACUUUUGCACAGAAAAUGUAUCUAGUCCUCCUACUUGUGCAGUGAAUAAUGUCAGAAGAUGCAUCAAGUGAAAAUGCAUUUAAAACAAAAAAACCAUGUGACAUGACUGUGAUGAUGUUCAUCCUUGUGACAGACAACCAAUGGUCCAAUAAAAAUCAGUUUUCAGGA